UUCUGUUCUCAUUGGCUGGAUAGCUUUUUGCGGUUUCUGUUGACUUUCUUUUAAAAGUCGGAAAAGGUGACGAGUAUCGCGAGAGUCGAGUGCCGACUGAGCGGUGAACGUGAAGAGAGAGGUCCGGGAAGAGAGGAGAAAGAGUGGACUAAAGCUACGGCCUACAGUCUAAACGGAGCCGUGUCCAAACAUCCAAUAUGUCCUCCAGUUUUCUUUUCCGCCUGCUGUCUCUCGCCUUUUUCCACGGCGCCGUGUGGGCCGAACAGCGGAAGCUUUCUCCAGAAAACUUGCUGGUCAUCACCGUGGCAACAGAGGAGACGGACGGCUUCCUGCGCUUCAUGAGGACAGCCCAAGAGUUCAACUACACUGUGAAGGUCCUGGGUCUGGGCGAGGAGUGGAAGGGAGGCGACGUCGCUCGGACGGUGGGUGGAGGACAGAAGGUGAGAUGGUUGAAGAAGGAGGUGCAGAAGCACUCGGAGAAGACGGAGCUCGUCAUCAUGUUUGUGGACAGUUACGAUGUGAUCUUUGCAUCGGGUCCUGAGGAGCUGCUGUCCAAGUUUUCCCGUUUGGGUCACAAAGUCAUUUUCUCAGCUGAGGGUUUCUGCUGGCCUGACCAGCGCCUGGCCUCCAAAUACCCCGAGGUGCGUACUGGGAAACGCUACCUGAACUCAGGAGGGUUCAUCGGCUAUGCUCCAGAGAUCAGUGCAAUUGUCCAGCAGUGGAAGUACAAAGACAGCGAUGACGACCAACUUUUCUACACCAGGAUCUACCUGGACAAGACGCACAGGACCAAGUUUAACAUGACCCUGGAUCAUCGAUCCCGGAUCUUCCAAAACCUGAACGGAGCUGUUGAUGAGGUCGUCUUGAAAUUCGAGAGGGCAAAGGUCAGAGCAAGGAAUGUCGCCUACGACACGCUUCCUGUUGUUAUCCAUGGCAACGGACCCACCAAGCUGCAGCUGAACUACCUCGGUAACUACGUCCCCACGGUGUGGACCUAUGAAACCGGCUGCGGGAUUUGCGACGAGGACCUGCUCUUCUUCAGUGAGGACAAACAGAUGCCUCUGGUCUACGUCGCUGUUUUCAUUGAACACGCAACUCCCUUCAUGGAGGAGUUCCUGGAGCGCCUGUCCACUCUGAACUACCCAAAAACGAGGAUUCGCCUCUUCAUCCACAACAACGUCGUGUACCACGAGCGUCACAUCCAGAAGUUCUGGGAGCGUCACAGGUCUCUGUUCCCAGACGCCCGGGUAGUCGGACCAGAGGAGAACCUGAAGGAGGACGAAGCCAGAACCAUGGCUGUCGAGGUGUGUAAGAAGGAUCCAGAGUGCGACUACUACUUCAGCAUCGACUCCGAUGUGGCUUUGACGAACCCCGACAUCCUGAGGAUCCUGAUGGAGGAGAACAAGUCUGUCAUAGCACCCAUGCUGUCCAAACAUGGAAAGCUGUGGAGUAACUUCUGGGGCGCUCUAAGCCCUGAAGGAUACUACUCCAGAUCUGAAGAUUACAUUGAGAUCGUCCAGGGCAAGAGGGUAGGUCUGUGGAAUGUGCCGUACAUCACUCAGGUCUACCUGAUCAAAGGCAGCGUGCUGCGGACUAAACUGUCCCAGGUGAGCCUGUAUAUGGAUGAAGGGGGCAUGGACGCUGACAUGGUGUUCUGCAGGAGCAUCCGAGACCAGGGAGUCUUCAUGUAUGUGUCCAACCGUGACGAAUUUGGCCGUUUGGUGGCCUCGUCCAAUUACAACACGUCCAGGCUCCACCCAGACAUGUGGCAGAUCUUCGACAACCCUGUGGACUGGAAGGAGAAGUAUGUCCACGAAAACUACUCCAAGAUCUUUGAAGAUGAGAAGACUUAUGUAGAGCAGCCCUGUCCAGAUGUUUACUGGUUUCCAGCUUUCUCAGACAAAAUGUGUGACCAUAUGGUAGAAACCAUGGAAGACUGUGGCGAGUGGUCUGGUGGAACGCACAAGGAUGAGCGUCUGGCUGGCGGUUAUGAAAAUGUCCCAACUGUGGAUAUCCACAUGAACCAGAUCGGCUUUGAGAAGGAGUGGCUCAAGUUCCUCAAAGAUUAUAUUUCCCCUGUCACUGAGAAACUCUAUCCUGGCUACUACCCCAGGGCUCAAGCCAUUAUGAACUUUGUGGUGCGUUACCGUCCAGAUGAGCAACCGUUAUUGCGGCCACAUCAUGACUCCUCCACCUUCACUAUCAACAUCGCCCUGAACAGGAAGGACAUUGACUACGAGGGUGGAGGUUGCAGGUUCCUGCGGUACGACUGUAAGGUGGAGUCUCCUAGGAAGGGCUGGUCCUUCAUGCACCCAGGUCGACUGACACACUACCACGAAGGCCUGCGCGUCACCAAAGGGACCAGAUACAUCAUGGUGUCCUUUGUCGACCCCUAAACGUACAGAGCGUGUGCAUAAAAGGCUGCUGGUGUGUCUGCGUGAGCAUGAGAAGAUUAGCAAACCUCAUCAUCAUAUUCAUAAUGGAGGAAAAGACGUGAUGACCUUGAAUGCAUCAUGUUAUUAUUUCACUGUGUCCUUAUUUCAGGUGUACAUAAGAUUUGACUUAUCAUCGCUGACAUUUCAGAGUUUUCUGUUUUUUACCUUGUUUUUAUUCCUGACACUAGUGAAGCAAAUAAAAACGGGAGAUUUGUGGUCUCGAA